GAUAGCACAAUUGCUUAGAACACUUGGCUUUGAGACCCCUACCUACCACCAAUUGAGCCACGUUUCCUCCAUUGAACAAUCUCUUCAAAAACCAAAUCAAAACCUUACCCAAACCCAACGAAAGAGAUGGGUGUGGCAUUUAUUUAAUUUUUAUUAUUUAUUCGAAUAAAAAAUAAAAAUAACAAAAUAAUAAGCCAUCUCAUAAAAUAGAAUUCCAAAUCACCAAAACAAUGAUGACUGACUAAAAAAAGUAAGUUAAUUUCCGUAGUUGACAAAUUCUCACGAUCUUCCCGGAGCUCCGUGUCUGUCUCAAAAACCCUCUCCCCCACCGGAUUUACACUAAAGUUUCAGUCAAUUUCUAGGGUUUAUAAUCACUCGAUCAGUGAGUCAUCGAAGCAAACCCUCCCUUAUUAUAUCUGCUGAUGAACAAGUUUGUUGCAGACGAUUUAGUUAGUUUGAUCGGUGCUCUCAAGUAUUCUCCGCCUACAUGGCCAAUCAUAGUCGCCGGUGUUUUCGUUUUCAUCAGUCUAACCCUAUCAAUUUACUUGUUGUUCGAGCACCUUUCUGCUUACAAAAAUCCAGAGGAACAGAAGUUUUUGUUUGGAAUUAUACUCAUGCCACCUUGUUAUGCAGUUGAAUCAUUUGUGUCACUGUUGAAUCCCUCAAUUAGUGUUGAUAUCGGUAUUCUGAGAGACUGUUAUGAAGCUUUUGCAAUGUAUUGCUUUGGUAGAUAUCUUGUUGCAUGCUUGGGAGGCGAGGACAGGACAAUUGAGUUUCUUGAGAGGGAAGGGCGUGCAGGACCAAAAACCCCCUUACUAGAGCCAAGUUCUGAAAAUGGAACCGUAAAGCACAUAUUUCCAAUGAAUUUGUUUUUGAAACCAUGGCGAUUGGGCCAGAGGGUUUACCUAAUCAUCAAAAUUGGAAUUGUACAGUAUGUGAUAAUAAAGGCUGUUACCGCUGUUCUAGCAGUGAUUCUUGAAGCUUUUGAUGUAUAUUGUGAAGGAGACUUCAAGUGGGGGUGUGGGUAUCCUUACGUGGCUGUUGUUUUAAAUUUUAGUCAGUCAUGGGCUCUUUAUUGCUUAGUAAUGUUUUAUGAAAUUACAGCUGAUGAGCUGGCACAUAUUCACCCACUGGCCAAGUUUUUAUCAUUUAAGUCGAUUGUAUUUUUGACAUGGUGGCAAGGUGUGGCUAUUGCUUUUCUUUAUGCCUUAGGGUUAGUCAGAAGUCCAAUAGCUCAUACUCUACAGUUUAAAACAAGUAUCCAGGAUUUCAUUAUUUGCAUUGAGAUGGGCAUUGCUUCUGUGGUUCACUUAUACGUGUUUCCCUCAAAACCAUAUGAGUUAAUGGGAGACCUUUUUAAGGGCAAUGUAUCAGUUCUUGGAGACUAUGCUUCUACAGACUGCCCAAUAGACCCUGAUGAGAUUCGGGAUAGUGAGCGCCCUACUAAACUACGUCUCCCUCAACCUGAUGAUGAUAAUUAUGUCAAGACUAAAACCGCCAUCAGAGAGAGUGUUCGUGAUGUUUUUCUUGGUGGUGGUGAAUACAUUGUUAAUGAUUUGAAGUUCACUGUGAACCAAGCUGUAGAACCUGUGGAGAAGGGGUUAUCGAGAUUCAAUCAAAAACUGCAUAAAAUAUCACAAAACAUAAACAGGAGAGCAAAAGACGAUAGUUGCAUCAGCAACACUUCACCGACAAAAAGAGUAAUACGUGGGAUCGAUGAUCCUCUUUUGAACGGAAGCUUUAGUGACAGCGGGGCAACCAAGAAAAAGAGGCAUCGUAAGAAAUCGGUAGGUGGAGGGUAUACAAGUGCAGAAAGUGGUGGUGAAAGCAGCAGCAGUGAUUAUAUGUUGUAUCAUGUUCGUGGUCGUAGGUGGGAGACAAAAGAUUAAUCCUAUAAUUGUAUUGUUCUCAUUUUGUUGAAUAUAAUAUGAAUUUGAAUAUACUAAUUUGAAUUCAGUAUAUCUUUUAUAUAUAUAUUAUUGUGGUUUUUGUUU